AUGUUUUUAAAACUCGUGGCGUUGCUCCUGGUGACAUGCGAGUCACUGGCUGAUAUCCCUCCGCUGUAUCGGUCGCGACCAUAUGACCUUGGAGCAUUCGACCGAUGGCCUCACCAGCUGUACCACUCAUCCAACGCGAUUGGACCUAUCCUGAAUAUUCACGAGGAAAGUGGACAGUGCUAUAAUGAGAGCAUUUACACCGUUGUGCCCUACUGGGGAAAGCAAGUGAACAUUCCGGGAGUAAUGCUUCUCGAUACAAAAGGGUAUCUCGUCUGGCACUCGACCGGGUAUGUCACAGCAGACGUACAAUCCUUUCGAGGAGAGGACUAUAUUGUCUCCCUUUCUAUAGAUUCAAGCUAUUAUGCAUUGAUAAACUCCCGCUACGAGGAAGUUUACCAAAUCCGUUCAGGAAACGGAUGGCAGCUCGAUGCCCAUGAGCUAACCUUGAGCCCCUCAGGGACAGCACUGCUGGUUAUCAAUGGUGUCUUCGCGGUGAACCAAACGACGUUCGAGGCACCACCGGAAGUCGAUUUUAUUCUGGAUGCAGGGUUCCAGGAGAUCGAGGUCCAGACAGGAGAGGUAUUAUUCGAGUGGCGAGCAUCAGACCAUUAUACCUUUGAGGAGUAUUAUCAUUUCCAGCCGGGCGAUGGGAAAAGCGAAAACACCGCGCCGGAUUUAUUCCAUGUCAACAGCAUCGAGAAAGACGAUCUUGGCAAUUACCUCAUCUCCUGUCGAAUGAUGAGCUCCAUUGUCUAUGUGGAUGGUCGAACCGGUGCCGUGAUCUGGAAGUUAGGAGGAAAAGGGAAUAUGUUCAAAGACCUAUCUGGUGGCGCGAUAGAUUUCAAUGGUCAGCACCAUGCCCGGUUCCACGAAAAUGGUCGGAUUGUUUCAAUCUUUGACAACGGGAACUGCCCCGGCCGUCCAGUAACAGGUCCAACCCGGGGUCUGACGGUGGUUCUGGAUACAGAGAAGAUGACUGUGCAGUUGCAGCAUGAAUAUAUCAGCCCGAACAGUGUUCUCACGGACAACAGUGGAUCGAUGCAGAUUCUGGAUAGCGGCAAUGUGGUUCUAGGCUUUGGCCCGAACGCGAACUGGGCUGAAUACGCAUCGAAUGGAUCUCUGCUCUGUAAUGUUCAUAUGGGUCCCGAGACAUUCUUCAACAGCGGGGAGAUUCGCAGCUACCGGAUCUCGAAGAGUGCUUGGGUUGGUCAUCCUCAGACCAUGCCGGAGAUUUCUGUGGAUGAUGGACGAGUGUAUGUGAGCUGGAAUGGAGCCACGGAAGUGGCUAUGUGGUCUCUGAAUGGGAUUGAUAUUGAGGGUGUCGGGGGAGAAUCAGUCAUCUUGGGGAGAUUUCCUAAAGACGGCUUUGAGACGGAGAUACCUGUUCCUACCAGCCCGACGGGUCGGUAUUUCUUUGUCAGUGCUCUGAAUAGAGCCGGUCAGGUUCUUGGGUCAACUUCUAUGGUGCAGUGGCCUUCUAAACCUAGACAAGGUAUUGUAUACCAGGGUGUUUGA